CGUGAAUUUUGAGGUCGGACGGUAUGGGUUUUGGGUACCAAAGCCCGAAGCGAUUGAAUUUCGUCCAAUCAACCGAACCAAACCGCCUCCUUCCACGCACCUCUGUUCUUCAAGCUCCCACCACGUUCCUCGCCAUCUUCACUGUAAGUAUUGACGAAUCAUUAAAAAUAAGCCAAAAUCUUGUUUCCGGCGUCUGAUUUUCAUUUCAAACAUUUGAAUUCGUAUACCAUCCAUCAAUUCAACCGAAAGCUCAAUCUUGUGGUUAUAAUAGGAUUAUAAUUUUUUUUAUUUUUUUAAAUCUCUGUUUCUAACUUUAGUGAAUUAGUGAUUUAAGAUUGUUUAAACUUUUAGAAUCUUGUAAUAAUGAAUUUCGUACCACGCGAGGGCAUUGAACUGCUUUUAAUUUUGACAUAGGGUAGAAUUUUGAACUAAAAUUACUGAGAUUCUAUGGACAAUUUGUGGAACUCCAUUCCGUGAUGGUGUAGACUGUAGUGUUGGCCACUAAUGGUUAGGGGAGUAUGUUUAUUUAUCCAUACAUGCCCGAUGUGUUAAUGUGUUCAACAUUUGAAUAUUGAAGAAAGAAUAAUGAGCUAAUAAGAUCGUGAGCUGAACUAACCAGUCGAUUGAAUUCAAUAUUUUAGUGUGGUUUGACACAAGUGUUUUAUAGUCCGGUUGAGUGACCAUACCAUGACAUUAUUCGAAUUUGCUUCAACUCACGCUUUGUCUAUUUAAUGAGCAAGGAAAUAGGUGUUUGUGUGUGUGAAUUCGAAGGCAUUCUCUUAUAUUUUCUUUAUGAUGUCCAAUCCCUCUGAAUGCAUGGCAUCUAAAUCAAUAUAACCCGGGAAGCUUGAAUGUAUCAUAUAUUUAAAAGGACCAACGAACACCUAACACUUUCAGAACUAUGUAUCCAGAAAUGACAACCAUCAUUGGGAACUUUCCAUGUAUUUGCUCAAGAAACGUUUCUAAGCAUCUUUGGAAGGAAACAAGUUUCUCAACUUCAUGUUUUAGUCAUUUCAAUCUUGUUUGCAAAGAACGGUUUUCGCCAAGAUGUAAGAAAUUUGUGUGUUUCCACAACCGAGUUUCGAGAAAACCUUGCCUAACUUUUGCUACUAAAAGAGAUGGUGCCAUGGAUUCAGAUGACUUGGAAGAUGAAGAAGACACUGUAAAUAAUGAUAUAUUAAGAGCUAACUUCGAAAGAACCAUUGGCAAUGACGAUUCUUUGUUUAGUGGAAUUGACCUGGCAACUCUAAUACGGAACAAGUUUGGCCGGUCCUAUGAUGUUCAACUGAUUAAGAAGGAAUUCAUGGGAAAAAAACUUCUGGCUCUAAAUGUGAUGUGGAAGUACAUGGAAGAGAGGUCAUUUCCACUUACUGAAGAAGAGUAUCUGCAUAGGCUAGAUGAUGUAGCAAACACAUUGAGGUGUUGGGGAGCUGUCUCACAUGUUCGAAAUAGCCUCAAAGCUUUGAAAGAGCGGCCCCGAGUUGGCAAGGCUGUAAGCAUUUUUAUAGACAUGGAUGAAUCCGGAGGCCGAGCAAGUGAGUGGAUAUACAAAUAGAAACACUUUUCAGGUUUGGAUUCCUGGAUCCGUGGAAUCAACCUCUUUCAAACAAGUCGGGUCAAGGACGGUUCCAAUGUUAAAUUAUCAAUAGUCUGUUUUGACACGUCCUGUAUCUAUAAAAACAAACCCGGCCCGGGUUUCUAAAAAUUGACCCAAACCGAUUGGUGCGCACCACUACAUAUUAGUAAAAAUAUAAUUUUAUUAAAUUAAUCUUACAAAU